AUGUAUGAUUUUAAGGAGUUUAUAGAUACCAAGACGAUACGGCUGUCAGCACAAGACGCGCUGCUUUCGUUUGCCAACCACCCACUCGUGCACUUCUUUGCGAACCAUGACAACAAACCCGACUUUAUGACAACAGCCAUACUAAAGGCAUCGCUCUUCACGGCAUUAAAAGAGUUUCCGAUAUUGGUGGGGCACAUCAAGAGCGCCGACAGCGGCUUGGAUGCCGUGGUCAUUGACAGAGACAACAUAAACAUGCCAGAGUUUGUGGAGUCGGCCAGCGAUACCCACUAUAGGGACCUUAAAGAGGCGUGCUUCAAUUGGAGUGUAUGGCCUGUUGGCGUUGCCACUACAGGCGCGGCAACUGCACCCGACAAAAGCAGAACCAUCCGUCUGCUUAGCGUCCAUAUCAUGAGGCUCAGAGACAACAGUGGCCUUGUUUUGUUUUGCAAUAUCCCACAUUAUAUUCUGGACGGAAUCGGCUAUUACGGAUUUCUCAGCCGGUGGGCCAUGCUUUGCAAGAUAUUAUGCAGCUCUGGCAGUCUUGGGAGGUCUGGCAGCUCGGCCGACAUAGGACCACAGCCAGCAGCGCUCGAGUAUACUUUCGAUCGCAAAAUGGUCAAAGCCCGCGUUUCGUCUUGUCAGCUGCCGCUCACCACGCUUGCCAUUGAACUCCUUACUAGAUCUAGCCUGGCGUCAAAGCUGCUCUCGAAAAUGUCAUUUUCUGCCAGAGCUCGCAUUACAUCGAUAUGCAUGCACGUGGACUACGGCCAGGCGCAUUGGUUCUACGUUUCGCACGAGUCGCUCGAGGGCUUGCGUAAUCUAGUUGCAGCUCAAAAUGGGGGCAGCUUGCCCACAACAAUGACCUCGUACGCACUGUUGGCAGCGCUCGUAGACAUGCCAGUGGCUAGGGCACAAAAGCUGAUGAAAUGUGCUCGUAGUGCCAUUGCUAAAGGAGCGUCUGCGGUUGGCGCCGCACUGUGUGCAAUGGCUGCCGCUAGCAGCGCCGCUGCAACGCACCAUGUGUUGCUGAACACUGUGAAUGCGCACCAGUUCAUCCAGCCCCAGUCCGGCUGUUACGUCGGCAACCCAGUCUUAUUACACCCCAUAUACACUCCCCUCGAGCAAUUGGACCACGAAACAACUGCAGAGUCGUUCGUCGAUGCCGCAACACGUAUCGCUGCAGAGGUCGGUGGCAUUGACGAGGCUUACUUUGGCCAGUACAUCGACACCCUCAAUGCACACCCAGCAGCCCAUGCUCGGUUUUCUGUGUUUGUCACUACGACUCCGAGCAUGUUGACAAUCGUUGACGAGCGCCCAUACAAAAUGGGCAAUGUUGACUUUGGCCAUGGAUGUCCUGCUUGGGUAAGCGGUAUUCCGGUCCAAAUGCCCAACUUUGUUGCGUUUUUCGCCCAGCCAGCGCGCAUGGACGACAACGGCGUGUUUGUGUAUGUCAGCCUGCGUCCUGGCGUGGUCAAGUACUUGGUCCAGGACGCGUUCUUCACAAAAUACGCCAGGAUCUUGUUCUGA